AUGGCACGAACCAAGCAGACUGCUCAAAACCACCAGGGGCAAGGCCCCAAGGAAAGGCCUCGCGGAGCUGUGGCCCUCAAGAAGAUUCGACAGUACCAGAAAGGCUCACAACUACUCCUCCGGAAGCUGCCAUUCGGCCGGUUGGUCAAGGAGAUAUCGAAACGCAUCCGCGCGAAUAUGAGAUGGCAGGCGUCGGCAAUUGAAGCUCUGCAAGAGGCUUGUGAGGCAAUGCUGGUGACAGAAUUUGAGCUGACAAACCUGGCCGCCAUCCAUGCACGGCGUGUCACCAUACAAUUGCGGGAUAUGAAGUUCAUCCAGCAGAUCCGCUUAAUUAUGACCGGUUCUAAGAUUCCAGGCGGUCGUGCGGGUUGA